AUGGCUCAUAUUCCCAAUGGUGGGAUUCCAUUUAUUACCACUUGGCCAACAUUGAGAAGCUGGAUGUUUGCUAUACGGCGAGGGCGACUGCUUCGCAAAUUGCCAGACGGAGAAUGUGUGAAGUUCCAACGCUGGGGAGCAGUCUUUGGCCCAAAGCUUGGGGUGAUUCAGGAUGUGAUUCCUUAUUGUCCACGUGUCCAGCGAGAUUUGGAGCCAUUACUCAACAAACUCAAUGCAAUUCUGGAAGAUUGUGACAGUGACGAUGAAGAGAUGGAUGACAUGACCAAGGAGCGGAUUUGCAAUGCUUUGGAUGCUAUUCGAUACGACAACUACAAUUCCUACGUCAACCCAACUCAAGAGGAACUGGCAACUUUUGUGCGGCCUCUCCUUGCACGUUGGCUACAAGAGAUGCCAACCAACUAUGUCAUUGGAAGGAGCGCUGUUCCCUCUUGGCGCCUGAAGCCUACGAGUCAGAGUGGCUAG